CCGCCCCGCAGUGGUGCUCGGCGGCCGCCCGGCUUCCGCCCCGCAGGGAGAUGAGUUGGCGGAGGGGGGAGCACUUCCGGGGCAGGGGGCGGCCCGCGGCGGAGAUGGAGAGAAUGAAACUGCCCCCCCGGGGGCCCCUGGAGCUGCCCCUCUCCAUGCUGGAAGUGGGCUGCGCCGGACGCUUCGAACUCAUCACCCGCGCGGAGGGGCCUGAUGGGGACACGUUCCCCCUCUCCACGCUGCCCCACGGGCUGCCCCCCUCGGCCAUGGAGCUGGCCUCGGAGCUGGAGCGGCGCGUCCUGGCCAGCCCCGAAUGGCUGCCCCUCCACCGCUUCGACAGGGCCCCCAGGGUCUGGCUGCGGGAGAAGGACGUCUGGUCGCUGCUGGAGACGGACACCACCCCCGUGCACUCCACGCUGCAGACAGAGCGGGACCCCACCACGGGGCAGAUCCUGGCCUUCCGAGAGGCACCCUUGGACAACAUGGGGCUGUCGGCGAAGAACUCGCUCUCCUUCCAGCGGGCGCCAGGGCCCCCUGCCCAGGCCCUGCGGGGCAGCAGCACCAACUAUCCCUUCUGGCCAGGCGGGAUGGACGAGCCCAGCAUGGAGCAGAUCAGCGCCAGAGGCCACCUGGAGGAGCACAUUGACUUCGAGAGAGACCUGCUGACGGUGCCGCCGGGCUGGAAGAAGGGGGUGGAGUUCAAGCCGCAAGCUGCAGCGCUCAAGGCUUCCCCGGGGCUGCUGCCCCUGGCCGGCCUGCUGGGGGCGCUGGACUCCUUCGAACUGGCUGGCUCCAGUGACGAUGAGGAGGAGAAGGGGAGGACGAAGGCCAAGGGGCCGAGGGGGAAGGAGGGAGAGACACCCCCGGCCCCCACCCCCACAGUGCAGAGAGCAGACAGCCUAGAGGAGCUGGUGCUGAAGGAGGUGACCCCUGAGCCCCCGCUGCCCCCCCAAGCCGUGCCCCCGCAGCCCCCCAAGGAGCAAUGGGCGAUUCCCGUCGACAUCUCUUCGCCUGUAGAGGACUUCUACAAACGCAUCCCCGACCCGGCCUUCCGGUGGCCGUUCGAGCCGGACGUGUUCCAGAAACAGGCCAUCCUGCACCUGGAGAAGCACGACUCGGUCUUCGUGGCCGCGCACACCUCGGCGGGGAAGACGGUGGUGGCCGAAUACGCCAUCGCCCUGGCCCAGAAGCACAUGACCAGGACCAUCUACACCUCCCCCAUCAAGGCUCUGUCCAACCAGAAGUUCCGAGAUUUCAAGAACACCUUUGGGGACGUGGGGCUGCUGACGGGAGACGUCCAGCUGCACCCCGAUGCCUCCUGCCUCAUCAUGACCACCGAGAUCCUGCGGUCGAUGCUGUAUAACGGCUCGGACGCGAUCCGGGAUCUGGAGUGGGUGAUCUUCGACGAGGUUCACUACAUCAACGACGCGGAGCGCGGCGUGGUGUGGGAGGAGGUGCUGAUCAUGCUGCCGGAGCACGUGAACAUCAUCCUGCUGAGCGCCACCGUCCCCAACACGCUGGAGUUCGCGGACUGGAUCGGGCGGAUGAAGCAGAAGCAGAUCUAUGUGAUCAGCACCCUGCGGCGCCCGGUGCCCCUCGAGCACCAUCUCUACACGGGCAACAGCCAGAAAACCCAGCACGAGCUCUUCCUGCUCCUCGACGCCCGCGGCACCUUCCUCACCAAGGGGUACUACGCGGCGGUGGAGGCGAAGAAGGAGCGCUCCAGCAAACACGCCCAGACCUUUGGGGCCAAGCAGCCCACGCACACGGGCACCGGGCCAGGCCAGGAGAAGGGCGUGUGGCUCUCACUGAUGGAUGCGCUGCGGAAGCGGGACCAGCUGCCCGUGGUGGCCUUCACCUUCUCCCGCGCCCGCUGCGAUGACAACGCCUCCGCGCUCACCACCCUCGACCUGACCACGAGCGCCGAGAAGAGCCAGAUCCACCUCUUCUUCCAGAAGUGCGUGUCCCGUCUCAAGGGCUCCGACCGCCAGCUGCCCCAGGUGCUGCACAUGGUGGAGCUGCUGAAGCGGGGCAUCGGGGUGCACCACAGCGGGAUCCUGCCCAUCCUCAAGGAGGUCGUGGAGAUGCUCUUCAGCAAAGGGCUGGUCAAGAUCCUCUUUGCCACCGAGACCUUCGCCAUGGGGGUGAACAUGCCGGCCCGCACCGUGGUCUUCGACUCUGUCCGCAAACACGACGGCUCCGGCUUCCGUGACCUGCUGCCAGGCGAGUACAUCCAGAUGGCGGGGCGGGCUGGGCGCCGGGGGCUGGACACCACGGGGAUGGUCAUCGUUCUCUGCAAGACUUGCGUGCCCGAGAUGGCCGACCUGCACCGCAUGAUGCUGGGGAAGCCGACCCAGCUGCAGUCCCAGUUCCGCCUGACCUACACCAUGAUCCUGAACCUGCUGCGGGUGGAGGCGCUGCGCGUGGAGGACAUGAUGAAACGCAGUUUCUCCGAGUUCCACAGCCGCAAGGACAGCCAGGCCCACGAACACGCCAUCGCCCAGCUGAGCCGCCAGCUGGCAGCCAUGGAGGAGGUGGACACAAGCGGGCAGCUGAGCGACCUGCCCGAGUACUGCCGGGCCGUGCAGGAGCUGCAGGAGACGCGUCGCGUGAUCCAGAGGCGGGUGGCGGAGUCGGCCAGCGGGCUGAAGGCUCUGGCCCCGGGUCGAGUCGUGAUCGUCAGUAACCGGGCUCACCGGAACGCCGUGGGGGUGAUCUUACAGGUCUCCUCAGAUGCGGCGAACCGGACGUUCACCACCCUGGUGCUGUGUGAGAAGACCCCUGAGCGGGGGGACACAGGAGGGAGCAGCCCCACCCCGGAGGUUCCCUUCCCUGAUGACUUGCUGCUCAACAAGCUCUUCCUGCCUGAAGGGCCCUGCGGCCACGCGGUGGAGCAGCUGGGCCCCUGCGACCUCGUGGCGCUCACGGGCAAGACGCUGCGGGUGAACGCCGAGCGCAUCCUGGAGGACGUCAAGAAGAGACAGAUGCCGCGGUUCAGGAGCGACCCCCCUGGCCCCUCGGCGGUGCAGGCGGCCCAGGAGCUGCUGCGGCUGGCGGAGGGGGGCGCCGGGGGGCUGCCCCGCCUGGACCCGGUGGGCUCCCUGCAGCUGAAGGAGCUGGCAGUGGUGGAGGGCGUCAUGCGGCUCCGGCGCCUGGAGGAGGCGCUGCCCGGCUUCCAGUGCGUCCACAGCCCCCGCUUCCCCCAGCAGUACCUGCGACUGGCUGAGCGGCUGCGGCUGCGGGCGGAGCUAGAGCAUCUGCGGUUCCUGCUGUCAGACCAGUCCCUGCUGCUGCUGCCAGAGUACCAGCAACGCGUGGAGGUGCUGCGGGCCCUGCGCUACGUGGACGCGGGUGGCGCGGUGCAGCUGGCCGGGCGCGUGGCCUGCGAGAUCAGUAACCACGAGCUGCUGCUGACGGAGCUGGUGUUCGACAACCUGCUGACGGAGCUGCGGCCGGAGGAGAGCGUGGCCCUGCUGAGCUGCCUGGUCUGCCAGAGCAAGGGGCAGGCCGAGCCCCCGGUGCCCAGCGUCCUGCGCAAGGGCAUGGAGCGGAUCCGGGCGGUGGCCGAGCGCAUCGCCCUGCUGCAGCGGGAGUGUGGCCUGCGGGAGUCGGUGGAGGAUUUCGUGGCGCAGUACAACUUCGGCCUGGUGGAGGUGGUGUACGAGUGGGCCCGCGGCAUGCCCUUCGCCGAGAUCGCCCGGCUGACGGAGGUGCAGGAGGGGAUCAUCGUACGCUGCAUCCAGCGGCUGGACGAGACCUGCCGGGACGUGCGCAACGCGGCCCGCAUCAUCGGGGAGCCCACGCUGCACGCCAAGAUGGAGCAGGCCUCCAACCUCAUCAAGAGAGACAUCGUCUUCACUGCCAGCCUCUACACGCAGUGACCCCGCCCUGACCUGCGACCUUUAACCUCUGUGAGGUUAGCGGCCCCUGCGUGCUGACCCUUCCCCCCCAGGGCAAAGCGAGCGUGCGUGGACCGUGAUUGGAUCACGCUGACACUUCACCCCACUGCGUAAUGGAGGGGCAGCCUCUGCCCUGUGACCUUUCACCUCGAGCCAUGGCAUCUGCCCUUUCACCCCAGCUGAUAGGCUGGGGGGUCUAGCUGUGACCUUCCACCCCAGGGCAGCUGGAGGCUGGAGUCUAACCUUUGCCCUGCAGCUCGGGUCAGUGGGCGGCAGCAGCCCUGACCCCUCCCCCCAGCUCCCCUAGUGGCUGACAAUGGUGGGGGGGGGGGCAGGGAUCUGGUGCCCCCAGCAGGGGUCUCUGUGUCCAAGCGCUUAAUAAAUCUGUU